AUGCCGAAAACCAAGGGCAAGACAAGGUCACACAAGCUGGUCAUUGACGGGCAAGCAACACCAAAGCGGAGGGUAGCCAAACAGCCUACAGCUACGCCUCAACGACAACAUAACCCCACAACGCAAAACCAGAGCAUUGUCCCAACAACAUACAACCAGUCCCUACCAGCUAAACCCACAUUAGUUUUGCCUGAAGCCUCCAUAGACAAUGUCGCCAGGCCUACGCAAGUGAACAAUCAGGCUGAAGCUACAGCAGCUAUUUGGUACGAAUUUACGCAGUCCAAUCAGCUCAACGAGGACAAAAUUCUGAACAAAAUAGAAUCCGUGCAGCAAUCUAAAAAGGAAUUCCUAAUCACCGACGGGGCAGUGCAGAUGGAUUUUUUCCAUGUCAAAUAUCCACAAGGCAGCGGGUGCACUAAGAAAAAACAUCUACACGUGGAUAAGGAGAAAUUCAAAAACUCCAAGAGAGCGAUCGUUCGCAUUCAAAAUCCUGAGGAUUCUCUCUGCUUGUCCCGGGCUAUUGUGGUAGCACGUCUACACAGCCAGAAAUCAAACGACCCGGCAUGGGAAACGAAAUGGUUACGCAUGAGAAAAGGGGAUACACAAUCGCUCGACCAGAAACGAGAAGCGAAAGCCUUGAUGGAACAAGAACGUGUGUGUCAACAUUGCGACAGUGUGGAUAUCGACAAGCCCUGUUCUCAUUGUGAAGGAUUCGGAUCACAACGCCGCUUCCUAUUUCAAGGACCCGACACGUUAAAACAGUUUAUGGAAUGGCUCUUACAGAGCGAGACCGAUGAGCAAGGCCAUGUGGAACUCAAACACGAUGAAGCCACCAUCAUUGCCCACAAUUUCAAAGGAUACGAUGGGCAAUUUAUUUUGAAUUACCUGGUGCACACGGCGUGUAUCAAACCCACCGUCAUCCUGAACGGCAGUAAAAUCUUAUCCAUGCAAGUCUUGGGGUUGAGAUUCAUCGAUUCUUACAACUUUUUACCCUUUGCUCUUGCCAAGAUGCCCUCUGCUUUCGGAUUAACGGAAUUGAAAAAAGGCUAUUUCCCGCACUUUUUCAACACGACAGAGAACCAGCAGUAUGUGGGUCCUUACCCGGCCGCUCAUUUCUACAAUCCUGACGAUAUGUCCACCGCCAAUCGUGAAGCCUUCUAUACUUGGUACCAUCAACAAGAGGGGAAAGUCUUUGAUUUCCAGAAAGAAUUCUUAGCUUACUGCAUCUCGGACGUGGAUAUUUUACGCCGCUGUUGUGCCCAUUUCAAGUCCACCCUGUUUGAUCUGGUGGAAGUAGACCCCUUUCAAGAAUCCAUCACGUUUGCCAGCACGGCUAAUUUAGCCUACCGACGAGGAUUCAUGGUUGAAAAUACCAUCGCCAUCAUUCCCAAUAUGGGCUACCGACCAGCACGACGAUAUUCAGCUAAAGCUUGUCGAUGGCUCGCCUGGUUAGAACAUCAACAUCACUGCAUACGACAUGCUAGAAAUGAGGGCGAAGUCACGCUUGGACCCUAUACAGUAGAUGGGUAUGAUGAGGAAUCCCGUAUCGUGUACGAAUUCUAUGGCUGUUACUGGCACGGCUGUCCCACCUGUUACCCGAAUCUGUUGACUGACAUGCAUCCUCAUCGUGUUCAGCAUACGUAUCAAGACCUCUACCUGGACACCUUAAAACGAGCCAGUGCUUUAGAAGACCAAGGCUAUACAGUCGUGAGCAUAUGGGAACACGAGUUUGAUCGUCAGACCCAGACCAAUGCCGACUUACAGGAAUUUUUACAAGGAGUCGAUAUACAAGAUCCUUUGAAUCCCCGUGACGCUUUGUACGGAGGCCGGACCAAUGCUACACGAUUGUAUUGUGAGGAGGGUGACAUGCGAUACGUGGAUGUCUGUUCCCUGUACCCGUACGUGUUGAAAUACAAACCAUUUCCCGUCCAACAUCCCCAAGUCAUCACCAACCAUUUCACCGAUGUCAGAGACUAUUUCGGGCUCAUUCGUUGUCGUGUCCUCCCACCCCGAGAGCUGUAUCACCCCGUAUUACCUUACAAGACCGGGGGCAAAUUACUCUUUCCCUUAUGUCGCACCUGUGCGGAACAGCGUAACUUAGGACCCGACGAGCGGUGCCAGCACACCGAUUCUGAACGCAGUCUCACUGGCACCUGGGUGACCACCGAACUUCACAAAGCAUUAGAUCUGGGCUAUCGUCUCGACCGCAUUUACGAAGUUUGGCAUUUUGAGAAAUCCAGUGACCACUUAUUUCGAUCGUAUAUCAACACCUUUUUGAAAAUUAAACAAGAAGCUUCCGGAUUCCCCGAGGAUUGUCAAACAGCCCAACAGCAGCAACAUUACAUUGAGGAAAUUCAGCAACGAGAAGGCAUUGCCAUGAACCCGGCCGACAUCCAGAAAAAUCCGGUCCGAAGAACCAUUGCCAAACUCUUUUUAAAUUGCUUGUGGGGAAAAUUUGCUCAACGAUUACAAUUACCCAAAUCCCUGUAUCUCACGGAAGAAGAAGAAUUACAACAGAAAUUACAAGAUGCCACUUUAGAAGUCAAAGGCAUCGAACUCUUAGAAAAUCGUGAACGCCCCGAAUGUGAUAUGAUGCUGAUCAAUUAUCAGGAGAAAGAAGAAUUUUUAGAAGACUGCCCCUUUGGAAACGUGGUGCUGGCGUGUUUUACAACAGCUCAUGCUCGUUUACAUUUGUACGAGACGUUACAGCCUUUGGGAGAGCGUGUCUUAUACUUUGACACGGAUAGUAUCAUCUAUCAGCACGACGAGACCCAGUUCAACCCGACCAUUAUCAACAGUUUAGGCGGCUGGACCGAUGAAUUGGGUGGAGAUCGUAUCAUCAAGUACAUGUCGGGCGGGCCCAAAAAUUAUGCAUACGAGACCCAGAAUGGAAAAUCUGUCUGCAAAGUCAAAGGAUUGACACUCAAUUAUCGUGCCUCUAGAGUCGUGUCUCUCGAUACGUUGGAAAAAAUGUUGAAAGGAGAAGAAGAAGAAGUCCAUGUCCGCUAUCCGCACUUUAUUCAACGAACCCGCCAACAUGAUGUGCGAACCAUUCCUCUGGUGAAGAAAUACCGCAUGGUGUAUGAUAAACGUCAACGUAUUCAUGACUAUGACACGCUGCCUUACGGGUAUUAA